UGAACUGAAACUGCUGAGGAUUUUCUCACUAGGAUACCCAUUUCCAAGAGCUUCUCUCUGAGGAUCUACUGAUUAUGCCCAUUGAUGGGCUGACUGGUGCACCUACAGACACACACACACACAGAGGGGGUUACCUCCAGAAGAAAAUAAAAGAACUGACCAUAUUGUUUUAGGAACAAAAGAAGGGGGGACAUCUUUCCCUCUGCAACAAGAGGAUGAGUAAGAGGCUGAUGAAGAAACAACCUUGUUUGAAGAAUAUAAAUACUUCUCAAGACAUUCUAGAUACGGAUGUCAAAGGACUUUCCUCAUCACAUUGUAACUGAUGUUCUGGUUGAUCCUGGGCUGGAUUCUUAGAAUUUGGAAGAACUGUGACUGUUUAGUCACAUUGACUGUGGUAACUGGCCUUGCAUGGAAUUGCAGCAGCUACAGAAGUCCAAAAGGGUGAAUGAAAUGAACCACCAGGAUUCUAGUAUCUGAAAAGGUUGUUAUUCUCUUGGAGAGUUGUUCUAAAUGAGCGUGGCCGAGAUACUGGAUCUGUGUGAAGAGGACUAAGGAUACAAUAGGAUGUCAACUGAGACAGAACUUCAAGUGGCUGUUAAAACCAGCACAAAGAAAGAUUCUAAGAAGAAAGGUCAGGAUCGUAGUGAAGCCACUUUGAUAAAAAGGUUUAAAGGGGACGGUGUUCGAUAUAAAGCAAAACUCAUUGGGAUAGACGAAGUUUCUGCAGCACGAGGCGACAAGUUAUGUCAAGAUUCCAUGAUGAAAUUAAAGGGAAUAGUUGCCUCUGCUCGUUCCAAAGGAGAACACAAGCAGAAAAUAUUUCUCACCGUCUCUUUUGGAGGAAUCAAAAUCUUUGAUGAGAAGACAGGAUUACUACAGCACCAUCAUGCAGUUCAUGAAAUUUCAUACAUUGCAAAGGAUAUCACAGACCAUCGGGCCUUUGGAUAUGUGUGUGGAAAGGAAGGGAAUCAUAGAUUUGUGGCAAUAAAAACAGCCCAGGCAGCAGAGCCUGUAAUUCUGGAUUUGCGAGACCUCUUUCAACUCAUUUAUGAGCUGAAGCAAAGGGAAGAACUGGAGAAGAAGGCACAGAAAGAUAAACAGUGUGAACAAGCAGUUUAUCAGACAAUUUUGGAAGAAGAUGUAGAAGAUCCUGUUUACCAGUACAUUGUGUUUGAGGCUGGACAUGAGCCAAUCCGUGAGCCUGAAACAGAAGAAAACAUUUAUCAGGUUCCUACUAGCCAAAAGAAGGAAGGUGUUUAUGAUGUGCCAAAAAGUCAACCUGUAAGUCUGGAGAAUGGAAGCCUAUUGUUGGACAUAGAUGAAAAUCUUGAUAAAGUCAAUCAGGCUGUUCCCCAACUAGAGCUAUUUGGGGACAUGUCCACUCCUCCUGAUGUAACCUCUCCCCCUACCCCUGCAACUCCAGGUGAUGCCUUUAUCCCAUCUUCAUCCCAAUCACUUCCUGCUGGUGCAGAGGUAUUUAGUUCUGUACCUUACAGCACUGCUGCUGUACCCUCAGGUUAUGUUGCAAUGGGAGCUGUCCUGCCCUCCUUCUGGGGACAACAACCACUUGUUCAACAACAACUGGCCAUGGGUGCUCAGCCUCCAGUUGCUCAGGUGAUGCAGGCAGGACAGUCAAUUGCAUGGGGACAACCAGGGAUAUUUUCUCCCACCCAGCAACCAUGGCCAUCUGUAGCUGGUCAGUUUCCGCCUGCUGCUGCCUUCAUGCCAACACAAACUGUUUUGCCUUUACAAGCAGCCAUGUUUCAAGGUACCGUUGCUCCCAUUGCUACUGUUCCACCUACAAGCGGUUCCACCCGGUCAAGUCCACAGACAGAUAGGCCUAGGCAGCAAGCAGGAAAAGAAAUGUUUAAAGAUUUCCAGAUGGCUCAGCCUCCGCCAGUGCCAUCACGAAAACCAGAUCAGCCUUCCCUCAGUUGUACCUCAGAGGCCUUCUCCAGUUACUUUAACAAAGUUGGGAUGGCGCAGGAAGCAGAUGAUUGUGAUGACUUUGACAUCUCUCAGUUAAAUUUGACUCCUGUGACUUCUACAACACCAUCGACGAAUUCACCUCCAACUCCUGCUCCUAGACAAAGUUCUCCAUCUAAAUCCUCAGCAUCUCAUACCAGUGAUCCUGCUGCAGACGACCUAUUUGAAGAGGGCUUUGAGAGUCCAAGCAAAAGCGAAGAACAGGAAGCGCCUGAUGGAUCUCAGGCCUCAUCCAACAGUGAUCCAUUUGGCGAGACCAUUGGUGAUACUGUAAGUCCGCAGGGCGAUAGCUAGAUAGCGCAGGUUGGGGAGAGAGAACCGCUCUAUGCCCAGAUCAACAGACCUAAGAAAUAGCGUUGACCCACACGCUUGUGGUGCUUCAGGACUUAAAAGGAAAACUACAGCCUUGACAGGCCUUUGGCUCCCAUGUUUUCUUUUUUUUUAAUUCCAUCUGAUCAAAAAUAAUUACUUCACUGGACUAGUUCAGCAAGCAAGACUUUUUGGCAACCAGUGGCAAUUUUCUAUGGCAGAACAUUACUUUUUUAAAAAAACAAAGAAAAAAACUUUCUGUCCAAGCAAAACCAUUGACCUCUUACAAGUUUCAACAAUCAGAGCAUAUUUUUUUCCUCCUCGUCAGCCUUGCCAUUACUAAAGCACUGCAUAAUGAAAGUAGGCAAUUCAAAUCUCCUAGAUCAUAACUAUUUCUUCAGUGACCUAGAGAACACUGAGAAGGCAAACACCCCAUUAUGUCAACAGCUGUAGAGUUAUGUGGAUGCACAUUUUGAUUAUAUGGUGACUUUAAAAACACCAUCACAGACUAAUCUUGUUGUAUUUUCCCCCCCUUUAAACCACUCCAUUAUAGCAUAUAUGAAAGGGGGAAAGUGUUUCUUUUUUCUUUUCUUUUUUCUUUUCCUUAAAAAUUGAUGACAGACUCUAGCAGCAAAAUGCCUCCUGUGACAAUAAUUCUUAACUUGAAACCAUGGAAUGGCAUUCUGCUGAUUAUCCAUCUUGAUUGGAAAAUGUUGCCAAAUGGACCUUUUAAUUUCCAGUACAUCAAAGAGAUGAAAUGCUGCUUUUCUUUUUUGAAUACUCCCGCUGUGGGGAUAAAAGGACAUCAGAUCUUUUGAUGGGGGAAAAAGACAAACAAUGUGUCAUUUCCUAGGGAACUCUUGAAACAAAGACCAGUAAAGGAAUAUUUUUUAUUUCUUUGAUAUCUUGCUGCUGUAAUGCUAUGCAGACAAGUGUGUUUCUUCUUUGUGUGCCAUUUUUGAAGAGAGAAAAAAUGUUUGCCAAAUACUUCAGUAUCCUUCUGGAUUUGAUUGGAACGAACUUUAUGAACAGGAUGGAGAAUGGCAUGAAUUUUGAAAUAAUGAACUUAUUCUGUGAUCAAAUUGUUCAUCUUUACCACUUUUUGUACAUCAGAAAAAUUCAAAUGGGAUUUUUAUUUUAUAACUUGAAAUUUAAAAAAAUCUUACUGUUAAACUCUUUAAAUGUUUAAGGGGAAAUGGCUUUAAGGAGUUUGAAUGGAAUUUGCCAGGUUUUUUUUUGUUUUGUUUUUUUUUG